AUGAUUGAUAAUAAUAGCCAGUUGUCAUCUGAUAUCUCUGUCAAUAGAAGACCGACACUAGCAGACACUAACGAUUUAUUUAAUUUAAAUAUUAAAGAGGAUGAAUUACAUGUACCCCAGAGAAGAGGCUCUAGAUUCGAUUUCGCCAGUCAAUCCAACAAUUCCUCCCUCGGCUUAGAUGUCAACCCCUUCAAUUAUCCACUUUUCCCACCGCAGUUACCUGCUCAAUUACAGCCUAGGUUUUAUCCCCCAUUUGAUCUAUCACAGCAAUCACAGCUUCCUCAGCAAUCUCAGCCUUCCCUUAACGAUCUCGGAAAGGGCACCCCGCUUGCGAGCAUCCCCCCACAUACUACUCUUUUCAUCGUAGAAUUUAAAGCAACAAGAUCCGAUCUGUUUUACACUUUAGACUAUAACGUCGCUUCUUCGAUCAAACUUUCCGAUUUAGUAAUUGUCGAGGCCGACAGAGGAAAGGAUUUAGGAAAGGUAACAAAUGACAAACUCACAAUUGAGGAUCUCCUCAACUACCAAAAGUACCAAGCCGAUGUAGCCUUAUCCGGUAACUCCCUUAAUAGAAAACCUUCUAUUUCCCCAUUAGAUGAUGCUCCUUCACCUACGACAUCCACUAUUAACCUUCCACCACCUCACAACGAUGCCUUUGAAGCGCUUAAAUCCUUGUCCAAAGAACUCCAGCCAAAGAAAAUAUUCGCAAAAGCUUCCCCUUCUGACACCCAAUUACUCAUAACUAAACGUCAAGACGAAGCAAAAGCUUUACAAAUUUGUAUACAAAAGGUUACUCAAAGAAACUUGCCUAUGCAGGUUAUAGACGCAGAAUAUCAAUGGGAUCGUCGCAAAUUAACUUUCUACUUUAUAAGUGAGCAAAGGAUAGAUUUUAGAGAACUUGUUAGAGAGUUAUUUAGAGGUUUCAAAACUAGAAUUUGGAUGUCAAACAUUUCUGCUACCGCUUCAGCACAAUUAGUUGCAACUUUACAAGCCCAAGCACAGGCACAAGCACAAGUACAAUCUCAAUUACCUACUUUUAUUAAUAUACAAGACCCACCUUCGCCAUUGACGACUCCAACUACGAUCACUCACAAGUAA